AUGAAAAGAGGGUUAGAUUGGAUAUAUUUGCCACUUAUGACAGGAGAGCAGUGGGGUAAUAUCGGAAUCCCCAAAUACAACUUCCGCGAUGCAUACCCAAGGAUACAUCGAUGCACACGAGAAGAAUGCGAGAUUUUCAACCCUGAGCUUUGUGGAGGAUUAUCAAACCAGCAUGGGAUUUUUGGUUGA